AUGGAUCCCAACAUGUUUGGCAACAAUUUCGCUGGCAUGUUUGGCCAGCAACAACCCCAGCCUAACCCUACUGGUGGCGCUACCGGCACCAUGGACGCCAACAACAUGACCAGCAUCAACCCCGCCAUGUUUGGCGGCCUCGACCUCACCACCCUCCAGAACAAUCCACAGCUAGCUGCUGCGCUGUUACAACAACAGCAGCAACAACAACAACAACAACAACAACAACAGCAGCAGGCUUCGCAACCAAACACUCCUCAACAGCCGCGCUUUAACCCGGCCAUGUUGAAUUCUGCCAUGAUGGGCCUGGAUCAGAACAAUCAGGCGUCUGGUGGUAUCAACAUGCAAGCUCUCCAGCGCGCUGCUGCAGCUGGCGUCAAUAAUCCCACGGCCUCCUUCAAUCCGCAGAUGCUUUUGCAACAACAACAACAACAACAACAACAACAACAACAACAACAGCAGCAGCAGCAGCAGCACCAGCAACGCCAAGGCACACCGCAGCAGCAACAGCCAGGCCAAGUGUCGCGGUGGCCACAACAGCAACAGCAACAGCAACAGCAACAACAACAACAACCGCAGCAACAGAUGCAACAGAAUCUGCUCACACAGCUGCAGAACAACGGAGGUGCCAUGUUCAACAACAACAACAACAACAACAACAACAACAACAACAACAACAACAACAGCAACAACAACAUCUUUGGUCAGAUGGGUGGUAUGGGGCAUCCACAACAGCAACAGCAACAACAACAACAAUCUCAACAGCAGCAGUUUGGUGCCAGCCAAUUCAAUCCCGCUGCCUUUGGUCUCAAUCCGCAGACUAUGGCCUUUUUCCAGCAGAACCCCAUGCAGGCUAUGCAAGCAAUGCAGACGUUUGGUCAGCUCAAUCCUGGUGCUUUCCCCCCGGGUGCUUUCAACCAACUCAUGAUGCAACAGCUUCAGCAGUCCCAAAACCUGUCCGGCGGCUCAAAUCAGCCAACUCAAGUCCCCAACAUGUUUCAGCAGGCUCAAAAUGGCAACAUGGCUGGCAUGCUCGAUCCAGCUGCCUUGAUGGCGGGUGCAUCCAACCCACAACAGCAGCUAGCUAUGUUUGGUGGCGCUGCUCCCGUUCCUGGCUCCUCGCCAGUCCGACCCAACUUGGCGCUUCAACAACAGCAGCCGCCAAACAGUCUUCCCUCGUAUCUGCAGGCCAACAACCAGAACCUGAAUCAGCCCGGUCAAUCUUCGCCCGUCGCAACACAUCAGCAGCCCGGAACGCCUCAGAACAAUUCCAGCAACGGUACCGUUCCUUCCACCCCUACAGCCACCACCAAGCCCAAGCCGCCACGCAAGAAAGCCGAAAAAAAGUCCACCGCCAAAUCGCAGCAAAACCAAAACCAGACACCAGUCAUGCAACACGCCAAUGCUCCUGGUACCACCAGCAUGCACCCCUCUCCCAGCGCUUCAUCCGUGACUGGUAUGCCGGGUCCCUCACUCCCAGGCAGCGCUUUCGAACGCUCACGCAGCCAUACCCGCUCUCCCAGCGUCUCCUUGGGCGGUCAAGGAACGCCAUCACAGGUACAUUCAUUGCCUCCCGCCGUCCAAGCCAUGUCACAGCAACAACAGCAUCAGCAACAUCAGCAGCAGCAGCAGCAGCAGCAGCAGCAGCCACCGCCGAUACCGCAACAGCAGCAGGUGGUCCCGCCUAAUUGGAUGCCGAGUCUCAAUCCGCAACAGCAGCAAGCCGUCUUGUCCCGAGCGCUGACUCUUGCAAAGGCGCAGGAAGGCUCUGGUUUAACACCCGUUCAUACACUUAUGCAGAUGGGCUACUUGUUCCUCAAGGCUUCCAGCUUGCCAGGCGGCUCACAUCCGUCCAUGAUGCCCAACGGUGGUAUGGUGCUCACCAUUAAUGAGGCGCGCGGACUCAACCUCAUCCCUCAGCAAGGCUCUCAAUCAGGACAAACAGGCGCCAUGGCACAGCAACAUCAUCAGCAUCAGCACCAGCACCAGCAACAGCCUCAGCCUCAGCGGCAGCCUUCCUUCUCCGGUAUGGCGAGCCAGCAACCACAGCAACCACUUGCACCAUCACAGCAGCCACUCGGCUUUGGAGCUCCUCCAUUGACGCCGCAGCAGCAACAACAACAGCAAAUCAUGCUCGCCAUGCAGCAACAGCAGCAGCACAUGCACCCACAGUCUAUGCACCAACCGCAGGCUCCUCUCGUCGCACCGCAGCUUGGCCAUCCCCACGGCCAGCGAUCUACCACGCCAGCAGGUCAGCACGCUUCUCCCUCGGCCAUACAUGCGCCUUCACCUAUGGGCCCAGCAGGCGCCGUCUCGAGCCCUGGUAUGGCCAACAAGUCCCGUCCACGCCAGCCAAGUCUCGCCCUCAGUACAUCCAGCCGUCCAGACUCGCGUGGAGGGCUGGCGCCGCCUCCUUUCCAGCAACAGCCACAGCAACAACAGCACCAUCAGCCAACAGCAGGCCCUCAAGGUCUGAUGGCACCGCCGCCCGCUCCUGGCCACAUGCCUCCAGCUAUGGCACCGGGUAUGGGCGCCAUGCCCCAGGGCAUGGUUCCUCCAGGUGUGCAGGGUGGCCAGCUGCCUCCGGGCUUUGGACCAGCUGGUGCGCCUCAGAUGGGUCCAGAUGCGACACCGCCCAUGCUCAAGCAGCAAGCACGACACCCAUCUAUGGCGCAGGAUCCGUCGCUCGUUGCUACUCCGGAGCACCCCCGGCCAUCGUUGGCUGGCACGGCUGCUUCCAGCAUGGACGGCGUUGCUACCACGACACCGGAUCCCAUGAUGUUGGCCGUAGCAAGCGCUGCCGCUGGUCAACCAUCGGCUCAAUCGCAGCUGAUGGGCAGCUUUAGCAGCGCAACACCCACACGCAAAGCUCGCAAGGGCUCUCAGCCUGCUCCGACCGGUACGCCAGGUGCUGUGUGUACACCUGGCGAUGGUGACACACCCGCGCUCUCCGAUGCAGCCGUAGACGCUACGACGGCGACUGGCAAGCCCACAACACUGGCCGCCAACACUCCCGCUUUCAUCCAAACCGUGCCUUCCAACUUGGCCAACAUGCCCAUGCUGCUUGGUGGACCAGCGCCGAAAGAGUCGGCGAUCGGUACGUCUAUUACUCACUUCAAUACGCGUGUCACCAAGCUCGACGACGCGAUGCGUCCUCAGCGUGCAGCCGAAGACGAGGGCGGUGCAGGUUCAAGCCAAGUCGACAAGGAGGAUGGCGAUCAAGUGUGGACGCCACUCACGGCGGAACAAGAGGCGGAGCUGGCCAGCAUCAUGAGGCGCGAUCUCGAGUACGAAAAGCUCUUCCGACAGCAGCAGCAAGAGAUGGAAACGUCGCUCAGGCACCGUAUCGACAGCGUAAGGCCGCCACGAAGAAAGGCGUCAGAUGGCAGCAUCACCAAGCCCAAACCUCUGGCGUGGUGGGAGCGUCCCGAGGAGGAGGAUACGUCGGGUCUGUCGCGCGAUGUGUUCAGACCUUUCGGCGUGCUCUUCCCGAACCAGAAGCGAGCUGAGCUCGAACAGGGUCAGCGCGGUGCUCGUCCUCACAUUCCUCUGAAGCGCUCGCUCAUGGAAAUGGUCUCGCAGCAGGGUGAAGAUUUGGUCCCCAUUCGCCUCGAGAUUGACCACGAGCACUGGAAGUUGCGCGACACUUUCACGUGGAACGCUCAAGACUCGCACAUCAAUGUCGAGGCAUUUGCCCAGUCGAUUUGCGAGGACAUCGGACUGCCUGCGUCCGUGUUUGUGCCGCAGAUCAAAGAGCAAAUCACCGCACAGAUCCUGGAUCACCAGAGCACCAGCGCAUUCAAAGCCAAGCCUACGUUUGAUUUAAACAUCGACACCAAGGAGGGCAAGGGAUCGCUCGACGACCAGGACCUUCGCUGGUGGUCCAAGUGGCGACGCAAAGUUGAUCGUCUUCCUUUUGGCGCGGCUUCAGAACCACGCGCCAAAGGUGACGGUGACAAUGCCGUGAUGGAGGUGGACAACAGCAGCGAAGAGGACGAGGUGCGAUCAGAACCGCCCGAGCUCGUCGACACGACUCCGGUCGAGGAACUGCGCAUGAUGAUCAAACUCGAUAUCACCGUAGGUGCCAUGAAUCUGAUCGAUCAGUUCGAAUGGGAUGCGAGCGAGUCGGAUCCCGCAGCUGCUGAAAAGUUUGCCGAGGCCUUUGCCGCUGAUCUGGGCCUUUCGGGCGAGUUCAAAACGGCGAUUGCCCAUUCGAUCCGCGAGCAGGUCUCUGUACACGUCAAGUCGCUUGCCAUGACCGGUCACACGUUUGAUGGCCGAAUGAUUGCCGACGAAGAGCUGCGUGCCGCUUUCCUGGGACCUGUCAGCAAGUCCAACUUGUCCAGAGGCGAGAUCGAGUCGUAUCACUUUACGCCUCGGCUGCUGCAGCUCACCGAGGCCGAGAUCGAGCGACUGGAUCGUGAACGCGAGCGCGAAGCACGUCGAAAACGUCGACAGACGCGUGGUCGCCGCGGUAUCAAUCUGCCGGACCGCGAUCCUCAAAAGACGCAAAGAACGCCAGCGGUGUACGGCAUCCAGACGGCACAGACGGGUGCGGACAACGCUCUGCAGAGUGUCAAUGGUCUCAGCGACCGGUACGGAGGCAUGUCAACACGGCGUGCAGCAGCUGCAGCCGCCAACGCCUCAAUUGCGCCCUCGCAGGCGGUCGACAUUAGCACGCCCACACCAGGCCCCGAUGGACUUGGCCUGCCGGAUCGCAAGAAGCCAAAGAUCAACCAUCACGCGAUCCACUUUGACUUUCCAGGCGGUCUGGGUCGCAAAUCGGAUCCUGGUGGACCCAAGUUUGCGCCCGACUAUAUGGAAGAGGAGGCCAAGAAGCGUGCGCGUUCACCCGAGAACCAGGCGACUGGCUCGCAGGUGGAAAAGCCUGCACCGAAGCUGGUCUCGCUGUCGUAUGCGCAGCGCAACAAUGUGCGACCCGAAGAUCUAGAGCGACAGCAUCCCAACUUCCACGACGGCAUGUGGCACUGCUCCAACUGCGGUAUUCCAGGAACGCUCGCGCCAGGUCGACGAAAGGGACCGUUGGGCGACAAGUCGCUGUGUGGGCCUUGCGGUAAAUACUACCACCGUCACCGCAAGGUCAUCUUUUUAGAGUACACGCGCGACCCGGUGGUGCACAUGAAGCAGCAGCAGGCGCUGAACCGCAAGAUGGGCAUUUCGAAUCCGCUCAUCGAUACAGCGCUGCUCAACGCGUUAGGAGAGCAGGAGGACUCGACCGAGCCUACAAGCGCUGCGGAUACGCCCAAGCCCGACGGCGGCGCUGGAGGCAAUGACGAUCCGACGGGCACGGAUGACAAUGGGAUGCGACGCAGAGGACGACCAGCGGCGUCAUCGCGUGGAGCAAGUCGUGGAAAUGGUGGCGACGACGACGAUCGCUCGGAUGAUGAGGAUCUGCCGUUUGAGAUGGUGGGCAGUCCGGACGAUAGCGACUCUUCUUCGAGAUCGAGCAGCGCUGAGCCCGCGCCUCGUUCGCGCAAGUCGGCAUCGCAGCCGUUGGCGAAUGACGAAGGCUCGCAGAUCGGGCGACGCGCAGCCGCCGAGAGCGCACGCGACAAGGUGACGGCUUCAUUUGCUGCUGCUGAAGCUGCUGCGAUCAAGACGGAGGCAGACACAGGAGUUGGAGCUAGCGAAGCUGCCGAUGCCAGCAAAGAGGCUGGCGAUGCGGUUGCAGCAGCGACUGCAUCGACCGACGCUAACGCCUCUUGCACCAGCAGCACUGGCACUGGCACUGGCACCAGCAACAGCAACAGCCACAGCGCAGUACCCGUCUCGAUGACAGAAGUCACAGGCUCACCAUCCACAAGUCGUGCAGCUGUCGUUAUGCCCACGCUCUCCAAUGCUUCGCCGCGCAUGGCAGCCAUCCCUGGCGCCACGCCGCCGGACUGGCUCACCGAAUCAAGCGCUGCACUGAAAGCGCGCUACCCGAACGACCGGUUCGAGAUCCAGCAACGACCGCGUCCCGCUGGCGUGCCGCCUCCACCACAGCCCGAGUGGCGAGUCCGAUGUCUGGACUGUCCUGGUAAGCUGUAUACGCCCGGCCCAGGUGAGAGUCUGACCAACUUUGAGAUCCACCUGCGCAACCGGUUGCACCGCGCCAACGUCAACAAGCGCGUGUAUGGCAACAGUGCGCCACCGGCAGUGGCUGCAGGUGGCGGAUCUCCUGGUGCUGCGGCUGGUUCGCCACACAAGAGUCCGAGCGUGGCUCAUGCGCCUGCGCCGUAG